AGCGACUCCAAGAUGGCGCCCUCCACGGCUGUACUACCGCUGUUACGUUGUUGUUAUUGUUGUUUUUUGUUGUUUUUAUCGUUUAAAAGCGCUGCUCAACUUCUAAAUGAACCAUGUUACAAACCCAUCAAUGACAGCAGGCCACACUUUGUCCGGACGCGCCCUCGGCCCCACGAGUACACGAACGUGUCUGACCUUCCCCGCUCGUGGGACUGGAGGAAUGUGGACGGACAGAAUUACGUGAGCGUCACCAGGAACCAGCACAUCCCGCAGUAUUGCGGCUCCUGUUGGGCCAUGGGAGCCACCAGCGCCCUGGCCGACCGCAUCAACAUCAAGCGCGGGGGAGCGUGGCCGUCGGCGUACCUGUCGGUGCAGAACGUCAUCGACUGCGGGCGGGCAGGGUCGUGUUACGGCGGCGACGACCUGGGGGUGUACGCAUACGCGCACGAGAGUGGCAUCCCGGACGAGACCUGCAACAACUACCAAGCCAAAAACCAAAAGUGCGAGCUGUUCAACCAGUGCGGCUCGUGCGCCUCCGUGGCGUCGUGCGACGUGGUGAGGAACUACACCGCGUGGAAAGUGGACGAUUACGGCAGAGUGUCCGGCAGGGACCACAUGAAAGCAGAGAUUUACACCAAUGGGCCCAUCAGUUGCUCCCUGAUGGCCACCAAGAGCCUGGAGGUGUAUUCAGGGGGCAUCUUUUCACAAUUCCACCCCCUUUCGCUGCCCAAUCACAUCGUGUCUGUGGCCGGCUGGGGCGUCGCGGAUGACAGUACCGAGUUCUGGAUCGUCAGGAACUCCUGGGGAGAGUUUUGGGUUGGUUUAAUACACACACAAUCACACCAGUCAGACACUUUUGACAUAUCGACCAAGUUUCAGGUCGCUAAGGGAAACUGGCUGAAGGGCUCAGAAAAAUGGGCAAAUAGAAAAAAAAUAUAUGGCUGACCUCCUGUGUCUUUACGGAAAAAAAAUUACCCAAAAAUGUCGGCUUCAAACCAAAGUGGGAGAUUUCCUGUGUCUUAUCGGGAAAGUGUUCUUCAGACUACACAUGCUAGACCUUGCUAUUAAAUUUCAUGUUACUAAUGGAAAGUGUUGGAGGACCCCUUGAAAUGGCCAAAUUGACCCCUAAUUGUGCGCUUCCAACCAAAAUAGAUGACUUCCUUUGUCUUUUCAGGCAUGGCCUCUUGAGACUUUGUGGGAGGUCUCCUCAUGAUUGACUUCCAAGUCCACCCAAAAUAAAUUCCUGUUUGUGUUUUUUUUUUUU